AAAUAAUUCAAAGUACUUGCAAUCUUAUAUUUGUAAAAGUAUUUUAUAAUUGGACUAGUAAAUGCACCAAGACGUCAAACAAUGAUGCCUUUAAGGGAUAACCAGGAUGUUGCAUGCUUUCUAGUCACCAAACACUCGUGGAAGGGAAAAUAUAAACGUAUUUUUUCAAUUGGUUCUAUGGGUAUAACUACAUAUAAUCCAACUACUUUAGAAGUUACAAAUAAGUGGGAGUAUGCUGACUUUAUUAGUGUUCAACCAACUAAUAAAAAUCAAGUUGGUUCACAUGAAUUUAGUAUUACUAUGCGAAAAGAAAGAAAAAUAGAAACAAUGAAAUUUAGUUCAGAGUAUAGAUCUGAUUUACUUACAGAAGCCCUCAAAUAUAGAAGCCAGUUUACAGAAAAACCAAAGGAGAUUUUGAGGUUUGCAGCUUAUAAGCAUCAUUGGUCCGAUACAAGAUUACCAGUUGUACUGGAAAUUACUUCAUAUAGUCUUGAUCAGUUAGAUCCAGCUACAAAUAUGGUACUAUCCAGUUAUUGUUAUAAAGAUUUUGAGGGCCUUGUAGCAGUAAAAGACUAUACAAAUGGAUUUGUAAUCGUAUGCGGCGGAUUUGGACGUUUGCAUUUAUUUGCUUCACAAUAUAUAGAAGAAAUAAAAAAGAAAUUGGUUGAAUCUGCAAUGAAUAACCUGGGUAUAAUUAUAAGAGUACCAAAAGAAUCUAUAAAACUUGAUGACUUUUUUGCUCAACGACUUGGAAAGUUCAGUAGUGACGAGCAUAUUACAAGUGUUUCUGAAUUUACUGUACAUAAAAAUUCAUCAAGACAUUCAGAAGCUCAACGUAGGACCCUUUGCCUUUCGGACACAUGUUUAUUAGAGAGAGAUCCACAAACUUACAAUAUUUGCACAUUAAGGCCGCUAUCUGAUAUCUUUGCUUUAGUUCGUGAUAAUGACAAUCCUCAACUAUUUAAUAUUCAAUAUAUUAAUGGACAAAUACGUAGUUAUAUUGCAACCGACAGAGAUUCAUUAUUGGCAUCAUUAUUAGACGGUGUUCGAGCGUCUGGCAAUAGAGACGUACAUAUAAAAAUGUAUCCCAUAGCUCGUGGUAAGAGAUUAGGACCUUUCAGCCUACCAGUCGAUGAGGAAGUUGAAAUAUCGCAUGUGAAAUUUAUCCAACAACCACCUGGUGGACGUACGUUUGCAGAAAUCUUAGAAAGAUUUAAUGCAAAUAUUCCUUAUAGUGGCCUUUUAUAUUCCGUUACUCAAGAUGGACUGUUUACGGAAAAUAAAGAUAAAAUUAUCCUUGGAGCAUUGAAUACUGUAGUAAAUAAGGAUGUAGAUACAGACACUGAAAUUGAAGCGCAGUUUCACACAUUGAGAAGAUUGGUUGCCAGUAAAGUUGGCUUUACAGCUUUUACCAAUUUACUUGGUUUUCGUGAAGCUAUCGGUAAUAAAGUUGUAAAAGCGUUAAAACGACAAGAUUGCGGUGUAACUCAAGCUGCCAUUGAUUGCAUUUGUGCUCUCAUGCAACCAAUGCACGACGACUGUGAUUUGAGACAAGAGCAAUUGAAUAAGAGUAGUCUUUUGAGUAGUAAUAAGUUUUUAGAGAGCUUACUCGAGAUGUGGAUAAAUCAUGUUAACCAUGGAACGGGAGCUAUUGUAGUCUCCGCAAUGCUAGAUCUUUUGACUUUUGCUUUAUGCGUCCCAUACAGUGAAACGACCGAUGGCAAACAUUUUGACAAUUUGCUAGAAAUGGUUGCCGCACGAGGAAGAUCCCUUUUCAAACUAUUUCAGCAUCCGUCUUUGGCUAUCGUUAAAGGCGCUGGUUUAAUUAUGAGGGCCAUUAUUGAAGAAGGUGCGCAAGAAGUCUCUGCUAAAAUGCAAGAGCUGGCUCUUGCGGAAGGUGCAUUGCCCAGGCAUCUUCUUAAUAGUUUGUUUACCACUGGUUCAGACGGCAGAUUAUUGACUCAUAGGCAACUGUGUCGACAUCUUGUUGGACUCUGGGUCACGGGUCAUCCAACGGCAAUGGGUUUAUUAAAAAGGAUUAUGCCCAUUGGAUUAUUAAACUACUUAGAUUCGGAUGAGAAAGUGCCAGAAUCAUUUCACGAAGAAGAAAGACUCGAUUACCGUGAUAACGUAAAAAUAGCUAUAGAUCAUGCUGCAAAAAAUAAAAAAAGUCCUCAGUGGAUAGCGAUUGAGAGACAAAUGAGAAUUGUUGAGAAACAUUUGGAAAAUGCUCUUGAACAUUGGGGAGCUAGAGUUGGUAUUGAACGAAAAGAAAAAAUUAAAGAAAGGCCGAUAGUUCUUAGAAAACGUAGAGAGAGAGUGAAAUCUGAAGCUAACUGGAAACUUUUUUACUAUAAAUUUAGUCAAGAUCAUGCUCUUCCAAAUUUGAUCUGGAAUCAUAAAACGCGAGAAGAGCUUCGAACGGCUUUGGAAAAUGAGAUAAGGGCAUUUUCUUCGGAUAAAGAUUUGUCUGGCGGCACACUAAUUGCAUGGAAUCAUCGCGAAUUUGAAGUACAGUAUCAGUGUUUAUCGGACGAAGUAAAAAUAGGCGAUUAUUAUCUCAGAUUAUUACUGGAAAAAGAUUCACCAGACAGUCCUAUAAGAAAAUCGUUUGAAUUUUUCAAUGAUUUAUACCAUCGUUUUUUAUUAACAACAAAAGUAGAUAUGAAGUGCCUUUGUUUACAAGCUAUGACAAUUGUUUAUGGAAGAUAUUACGAAGAUAUUGGACCAUUCUCUGAUACAAAAUACAUUGUAGGAAUGUUGGAGCGGUGUAUUGAUAGGACAGAACGAGAUCGUCUUGUUAUGUUCAUUGAGAAACUUAUUUUACACAGAAGGAACGUUAAGGAUAUUAUGGAUCAAAAUGGUGUACGAACCUUGGUAGACCUAUUAACUUUAGCACAUUUGCACACAUCGCGAGCUGUUGUUCCAACUCAAACGAACGUUAUAGAAGCUGGUCCCGAUCAGGGAAUUAUCAUAGAGAAAGAAUGGUAUUACAAUGAUAGCGACAAGAGAAAAGGGCCAAUUAACAUUAAAGAUCUAAGAGAUUUGUAUGUGUCAAACCAAAUAUCGCAUAAAACAAAAGUUUGGGCUCAAGGAUUAGAUAGUUGGAGAGUAUUAUCGCAAGUACCUCAGUUGAAAUGGACUCUCGUAGCAAAAGGAAAUUCCGUAAUUAAUGAAAGUGAAUUGGCGACAUUAAUUUUAAAUAUCUUAAUAAAAAUGUGCGAAUACUUUCCAAGCAGAGAUUCUGAUAAUGCAGUAAUAAGACCACUACCUCGAGUAAAGCGGCUUCUCUCUGACCUUCAAUGUUUGCCACAUAUUGUUCAAUUGUUACUAACUUUUGAUCCUGUUCUUGUUGAACGAGUCGCGACAUUAUUAUGUGAAACCAUGAAAGAUAAUCCAGAUAUUUCCAAAGUUUAUUUAACAGGUGUCUUCUAUUUUAUUCUCAUGUAUACUGGUUCUAAUGUUUUGCCAAUAGCAAGAUUUCUCCAAUUGACUCACACCAAACAAGCCUUCAGAGGCGACGAUAAUACACCUUCUGAUAUUAUGCAAAAAAGUAUACUAGGACAACUUUUACCAGAUGCUAUGAUUAGCUACUUAGAAAAUCAUGGAGCAGAAAAAUUUGCACAAAUUUUCCUAGGAGACUUUGAUACACCUGAAGCAAUUUGGAAUGCUGAAAUGCGAAGAAUGCUUAUUGAAAAAGUUGCAGCUCAUAUAGCAGACUUUUCACCAAAACUACACAGUCACACUAUGUCCAGAUAUCAAUAUAUANNNNUUCCUGCUGUACGAUAUCCACAAUUGGAAAAAGAAUUAUUUUGUCAAAUAUUUUAUUUGCGACAUCUUUGUGACACUUUAAAAUUUCCACAAUGGCCUAUUCCAGAGCCAGUGAAAUUAUUGAAAGACGUUUUGGAUGCAUGGAAAAAGGAAGUCGAAAAGAAGCCGCCUAUUAUGACUAUAGAUGAAGCAUAUAAAGUUCUGGGAUUAAAAAGUGAACAUCACGAUGAAGCAGUAGUAAGAAAAUCGUAUUAUAAAUUGGCACAAAUGUAUCAUCCUGAUAAAAAUCCACAAGGGAGAGACAAGUUCGAAGCUGUUAAUCAAGCUUAUGAAUUUCUUUGUAGCAGAAGCUGUUGGUCAGCUGAUGGUCCAAAUCCAGAUAACAUUGUUCUCAUUCUUAAAACUCAAAGUAUACUUUUUCACAGAUAUAAGGAAGAGCUUGAACCUUAUAAAUACGCAGGUUAUCCGCAGUUAAUAAAAACGGUUAAAUUAGAAACGGACGACGAACGUUUAUUUUCUAAAGCAGCGCCACUUCUUGCUGCAGCAAGUGAAUUAGCAUACCAUACAGUUCAUUGCUCAGCUCUUAAUGCAGAAGAAUUAAGAAGAGAAGGUGGAUUGGAUGUUCUAUUAGACGCUUAUAGUAGAUGCGUAUCUGUCUUAAACAAAUCAAGUAAACCCAAUGAAAUAGCUGUUCAAGUUUGUAUACAUAUAACUAAAUGCUUCGCAGUAGCAGGUGCAUUCCAAGGAUGUAGAGACAAAAUUGUCGAGCUUCCUCAAUUAAUUAAAGACUUGUGCAGAGUCUUACAUUUUAAGCACUUAACGAAAUUAUGCUCUGUGGCAACGGAAUGUGUUUCAUCGCUUGCUACAGACAGUAUUCUUCAAAUGCAGCUUUUGCAAUCUGGAGCUUUAUGGUAUCUACUACUAUUUAUGUUUAAUUAUGAUUACACAUUAGAAGAAGGGGGAGUGGAGAGAAAUCAAGAUGAAAAUAGACAAGAAGUUGCAAAUAAUUUAGCCAAACAAGCUGUAAAAGCUUGUACUAAAUUAGGUGGUUAUGUGACUGCUGAAGGUGUAACACCUUAUAAUCCAUUAAUAAUAGCAGUUUUAGAAAGUUUGUUAACACCUUAUUUAGCUAGACAGCUUGCUAAUGAUAAACCGGAGGAAAUACUAAAAACUCUAAAUUCUAAUUGUUCGAAUCCUUACUUAAUAUGGGACAACAGUACAAGAGCUGAAUUAACGGAAUAUCUUGAAGGCAAGCUUCAGGACAAACUUAGUGGUAAUGAUAAUUUUGAGCAUAAUUUUACCGAUUUCAAUUACACUGCGCACAAAGGAGAACUUGUCAUUGGAGAAAUAUUCGUAAAAAUUUUUAAUGAACAACCAACUUUUGUGAUUAAGAACCCUAAGGAAUUUACGAUUGAUUUAUUAGAUUAUUUAAAAAAAUCUGCAGAUUAUAUUAAUUCACUAAAUAUUAAUGUUACUUUAACAAAAAAAGAUCAUCAGAAUUUACAGUGCAUUGUCAUGUCAUUAGAGGCUUUAACAAAUAUUAUUCAAAAUAAUCCUGGAGUAGAAAUUCAAUGUAUCGGACAUUUCGAAUUACUAUUUACGUUAUCAAGUUGCAAUAACUUCAAUCCUAUACAAAAAGCUGCUCUAAAAAUUAUAAAUAAUGUAACAAAGAAUAAGAAAUGUGUCAAGGACAUAGCAGCCAGUGAGGUUAUUCUACAUUUAAUAUUAUGCUUGAAUAGCUUAAAAGAUAGUCAAUUAUUGAUUUUAGAAACGCUUUAUGCUCUUAUGGGUACAACAAAAAUUGUUAAAGAUGCAUUGAAUAAAGGAGCGGUAAUUUAUAUUUUGGAUCUGUUUUGUAAUUCAACCAAUUUACAAAUUCGUGAAACUGCAGCUGAAUUAUUGGCUAAAAUGGCAUCUGAUAAAUUAGCUGGACCAAAAGUCAAAUUAGAUUUAUCGAAAUUUUUACCUCGACUUUUCAGUGAAGCCAUUCGUGAUGCUCCAAAACAGUGUGUCCAAAUGUUUGAAAGCAGACAAGAAAAUCCUGAAUUAAUUUGGGAUGAUGAAACAAAAUCAAAAAUAUCAAGAAUAGUGACUGAAUUAAAAGACGAAUAUUAUCAACUGCAGUGUCGGAAUCCUUAUGCUGCAUUAAGACUUCCAGAUACUCAAAAUAAUAUUGAUAUGGUAACAAAUGAACCAGUAAUAGGUGGAGUAUAUCUUAGACUAUUUAUAAGUAGUCCAGCAUGGGCUCUUAGAAAACCAAAGGAAUUUUUAAGUGAAUUAAUGGACACUAUUUUAACUUUGAUGUCUAAAGAAAAGACUGAUAUGGAUAUGCUCGAAUUGUGCACACAAGCCCUUGUAUGUCUAUUACAAGCUCAACCAGUGUUAGCAGAUCAAAUUCCCUCCUUGGGUCAUAUUCCAAGAUUAUGUCGACAAAUGGCCAUACAAAACAGUCAGCCAGCAGUUUAUAAGUCCGCAAUUCUAAUACUUCAUCAACUCGCAACUAGUGAAAUAUGCAUAUCUUCUAUCUGCCAAACAGAAUGUAUUAGUCCACUGAAACAUGCAAUGCAAUCAAGAAAAGAUAUGAUAGCAAUAGCAUGCGAAACACUGAACAGGCUUUUCUCAACAAAUGAAGAUAGACUCAUUAAACAGGCCUUAGAAGCUGAAAUGGUACCAUACCUAUUGAAGAUUCUCGAAGGUCGUUUGGAUAUCCUUGAAAAUCCAGCCACUACAAAAGCACAGAUUGUUAAAGCUUUAAAAGCCAUGACAAGAAGUUUCUCAUUAGGCGAGAAAGUUAAUAAUAUACUUGAUAGAUCUAGUAUAUGGGCAGAGUACAAAGAUCAGAGACAUGAUUUGUUUAUUUCAAGUACAUCAAUGAGUGGCUAUCUUACAGCUGGAACACCUGUAUCGGCUGGUUACUUAACAGCUGGACCAAGUGGUUCAAUUCCAACUGGACCACCACCCGUUGAUAAAGAAGAUAACAUUGUAAAUAGAAAGGAUAGUAUCUAAUACGGACAGAAAUGAAAAGAUAUGUUUGAAAAAUGUAAAAGCUCUCAUUAUCGAGAUUUACAGUUUUAUGUCCUGGUGCAUCGAAACUACUUUAUCUGUGAUUUAUGUAACUUUUAGAAAAUGAGCUAAGGUUGUUCGUCUAAAAUUUAUUUCCAAUUUCGACAAUUUUAUAAAAUCAUAGC